CACGGUCCGCGAUAUCAGUUAGAGCUUUACCGCACUGAGUCAAGAAGGUGGAGUGUGAGAUCUCGAAGUUAUAUUUCAACGGGGAGUUUUGUAUGUGAAUUUAUUGGAAAAGUGAGGGACGAGGAUGCUAUACGAAGUAUGAAACUGGACUUGCAAAGAUUCUCGAGCACUAUAAUUUUAGUGUCGAAGAAUGACAAUUCCCUCAGCACACCUCCAAAUGAAAAUGUGGUGCGGUUUGCUAUUGAUGCAUCGAAGGUGGGAAAUGUGGGGAGAUUCAUCCGCAAGAGCAGCACGCCGAAUCUUGUUGCCCAAUGUGUAGUUUAUGACCAUGAUGACUUGAGAAUGCCUCACAUCAUGUUCUUCGCCACGAGGAAUAUACCUCCUUUGCAUGAGCUAACUUGUGAUGUUGUCCAUGGUAUUGAUUGA